AUGAAUGGCCCAAUACAGGGGAGCCAGCGGGUGGUUCAAGACGGAAUGGUAGGGAUUGCAACUAUCUGUGGAUGUCGCAAUGACUUGUUCCGAAUGAGAAUCGAAUCCAUGACCUACGGUGACGAAAUCAACACUUUACGUUUUAGACGGAGCGCCGAGGCCCGAAUCUUUUUGCCGCGGCCGCGUAACGGGCCCAAGAUAGCCGCGCCGGUGUCGCGCGGCCGCCGCAUUCCCGCCGACCCGACACCGACCAACAAAUGGACCGUCCAUAAUGUAUACGUAUUACCGCUGAACGGUCGGUGGCCGCGCGCCGCGCUCUCCCUGACGUGUCAAUUUCACCCUAAAUCGGGCCGAAGGGGCCUGAGGGUCUACGAGGCGCUGCCGCUGAUGACCGCAAAGGACCGAGCGUCAGCAUCGGGCAGGUGUCAAAAGCCCGCCCGAAGUGUGGCAAAAAAGGUCAUCAGCUGUGAUACGCGGACGGCGAGCGGCCAUAGAUCUUACACGCAGAGUGGCAACCGUGGCAACGACCGGGUUUACAAUGAUAACACAUCAAUUUUCUGUAGA